AUGUAUUUUACAAAAGGCCUGCUGAAUGCGUUGCUUCAACUUCUUCUUCCUCUUCUGUCUCUCCAGUCUUGCAAUUCUUUGAGCAUGACCAUCACUUUUAACCAAUUCAUCAAAGAUGGUGACUUUCUCAUCUCUAAAAACGAGGCAUUUGUGCUCGGAUUCUUUAGUCCAGGCACAUCAAGCAACCGCUAUGUCGGUAUUUGGUACAGGUUCUCACAAAACAAAGUUCUUUGGGUAGCUAACAGAGACCAUCCUGUUAAUGAUACCUCAGGAAUCCUCACAAUUAGCACUGAAGGAAAUCUCAUAUUACAUUAUAAUACCAGUCAAAGCCUUCCUCUGUGGUCAACAAAUGUUUCUGUCAUACCAAUGAGUAGCAAUAGUACUAUGGUGCAGCUCCAGGAUUCAGGUAAUCUUGUUUUGGUUAAUCAGCAAGUCCACAACCAGAGUGGUGUCUUAUGGCAGAGCUCUGAUCAUCCUACACAUAUUCUUCUUGCGAACAUGAAAAUUGGGUUCCAACAAGGUAAGAACAUAUUUAUUACAUCCUGGAAAUCAAAAAAUGACCCAGGAACUGGUAAUUGCUCGAUAAAGACAGAACCAAGCGGGUCUCCUCAGAUAAUCUUGUACAAAAAUCGGGCCAAGUGGCGGCGGUCUGGUCACUGGGAUGGGCUUCACUGGAAUGGAUUCCCUAAUGUAAACAGGCUAAGCAAGAAUAUUUCGUUUGAUAUUGUAUUAGUGAACAACAAAGAUGAGAUUACUACAAAAUUUGUUGUUCUUGAACCUUCAGUUAUCUCAAUAAUAGAAAUUGACGGAUCCGGAUCACUCCAAUUGCUAGCAUGGAAGGGACAGCAACAAGGAUGGGUCACACUUUGGUCACCAACGGAUGUAUGUGACAGAUAUGAACCCAACUCCCCAGAAGAAUGGAGAUUAAGAGAAGGAUCAGGUGGGUGCAAGAGGCUGCAGGGCGCUCCAUCCAUGUGUAGGAACGGAGAGAGGUUUGUAAAAAUACAAAACGUGAAGGUUCCAGAUUCUUCCACAAUCAAUUUGGACAUCAAUUUGACUAUGGAAGCAUGUGAGCAGAAGUGUUUGAAUAACUGCUCGUGCUUGGCGUAUGCCAGUGCAGAUGUGAGAAAUGGGGGAAGCGGAUGCAUGACAUGGUAUGGAGAUUUAAUGGAUACUACUCAGUUUGCUCAAGGACAAGGACAAGAUCUCUACAUUCGUGCUGAUGCAAUAGUGUCAGGCUCUCUAAUGAAGCAAUAUGGAAGUAUAGCUCACAAAGACCUGGAAUAUUUUAACCUAAAGAGCAUACUUGCUGCCACUGACAAUUUCUCCAUUGCUAACAAGCUAGGUGAAGGAGGAUUUGGCCCAGUGUAUAAGGGCCUACUAGCUAAUGGAGAGGAGAUUGCUGUGAAAAGAUUAUCAAAGAACUCCGGACAAGGUUUAGAACAGUUUAAAACUGAGGUAAAGCUGAUAGCAAAACUUCAGCACAGGAACCUGGUCAGGCUUCUUGGUUGUUGCUUCAAUUCAGAAGAAAAGAUGUUGAUUUAUGAAUACUUGCCAAACAAGAGCUUAGACUUUUUCAUAUUUGAUAGAAGUAGAAGCUUGUCAAUAGACUGGAAAAAACGUUUUGACAUUAUAAAUGGAAUUGCUCGUGGGGUCCUAUAUCUCCAUCAAGACUCGAGAUUGAAGAUUGUCCACAGGGACAUCAAAGCCAGCAAUGUCUUAUUAGAUUCCACAAUGAACCCAAAGAUCUCAGAUUUUGGACUCGCUAAAAUGAUUGGGGAAGACCAACUCCAAGCAAAUACAAACAGAGUUAUUGGAACGUAUGGCUACAUGUCACCUGAAUAUGCAAUGGAAGGGCGAUGUUCAACCAAAUCUGAUGUUUUUAGCUUUGGUAUCUUAUUGCUAGAAAUCAUCAGUGGCAAGAGGAACACUGACUACAAUCUUAACAGCCCCUCCCUCAAUUUAAUUGGAGAAAUUUGGGAUAUGUGGAGAGAGGGACAAGCAUUGGGAAUAGUUGAUCCAUCUUUGAGUUUGUAUCCUGCUCAUGAGGUUUCAAGAUGCAUCCACAUUGGGCUACUAUUCGUGCAAGAGUCUACAACAGAUCGGCCAACAAUGUCGGAAGUAGUUUACAUGCUGGGCAAAGAAGCACCUCUCACUUCUCCUAAGAAACCUGCAUUCAUAUUACAAUCCAGCAAUCCAAACUCAGAAGAAGCAUCAAUAAGAGGACCUUCAAUAAAUAAUGUAACAAAAACCAUGCUUGAAGCCCGCUAA